AUGCGCCCCGAAACGAAACCGCUCCUCGAGGGCCCAGCCGCACCCUUCACGCGUGCACUCGACCAAUCGAACUCCUCGUCAUCCUCCUCGAAGCUCCCCCAGGCGAUAGCGCAUAGAGGCUACAAGGCUCUCUACCCAGAAAACACGCUCCUGGCCUUCCGAGCGGCACUCGAAGUAGGAGCUCAUGCUCUCGAAACGGACCUCCACCUCUCCAAGGAUGGCGUUGUGGUCUUAUCACAUGAUGGAACAUUGAAGCGAUGUUUCGGCGUCGACGCCAAGAUCAACGAGUGCGAUUGGGAGUAUCUCAAGACGCUGCAAACGAUUAGAGAACCGAGGCAGCAGAUGCCGAGGUUGGUAGACUUGCUGGAGUUCCUCGCAGUGGAGGGAAGGGAGGAUAUAUGGGUUUUGCUUGAUAUCAAGACAGACGACCCUGCCCCAGAACUACUAAGUCGCAUAGCUGAAGUCUUCGCAACGACACCAGGCCCGGUGUCGUGGGAGAAGAGGAUGGUAUUCGGCUGUUGGAACCAACCAUAUAUAGACCACGUCCAGGCCAUUCUCCCUCGGUUUCCCUUAGCUCUAAUUUCCUGGUCGCCCCUCUACGCUCGCAAGUUCCUCCCCCAGCCGGGCAUCUCCUUCAACAUGUUCCAGAAAUCCCUCGUUGGUCCCCUUGGCAAGUCAUUCAUCCGAGACAUCAGGGCAGCGGAUCGCCGGCUUUACGCGUGGACUGUGAACGAGGAGGAGUGGAUGGAAUGGAGUAUCCGCAAGGGUGUCGAUGGUGUGAUUACUGAUGAGCCCGAGGUGUUCCUUGAAGUCUGUAGACGAUGGAAAGGGGGAGACUCUACAGGUUCUGAACCUGCUGCUUUCAAAGCUGGCGGGGGAAGUAGCUUGCGCCUGGAGCAGCUUCGUCUGUCGCAAGGUCGCGGCUGGAAGAGAACUUUCAGGCUGUACCUGCAGGUUGUCGUCAUCCAGGUUCUCGUCGCGAUUUUUACCCCGAUUCUCAUGAUUGUUGCCAGGUUUGGGGUCGUGGGACCGGGCCCAAAGGCGGCGAAAGCUCUGCGGUUAUGA